GGGAAAGGAAGAGGAGUGCCCACACGUGUGACCUCACGAGAAACUUGAUCCCAUCAUUUUCAGCGCCCCUUCUCACUCCCUGUUCCCAUAUUUGUUCCUCUCUUUCCAACCUUCCCCAGAGCCACACUCACUCGCUUCCAUUCAGGGAUCCAAAACACACUUGUCUUACGCCUGUGCCCAAAGCGUCGUUGCGGUGGCAGGACUUGACAGCGCAAACAAUUGAUUCGGAGGGUCGGCUGGACUCAACUGAGUAGGUUGGGAGAGCCAGGAGACAGAGUUCUGCGAUCAAUGCUGUCUCAUCGAAGUCUCUCUCCGAGCUCCCCCGCGCUGCUAACUUUUAUUGAGGGCUUGUUGCUGGGCAGAAUACAGUUACAACACUGUUGUCCAACGUGGCAGUUUCGAUCAGAUUUCACCUUUCAUUUCACCUCAUUUUAAGUGAUACCUUUCCAUCCAAACAUGGAAAUGGAGAAACUCUCAAAUGGUCAUGGAGCUGCUGUGCCAAUGGAUGAAGAAGUCCCACAAGAGGACCAAUUGUUCCUACAGCACAAGAACGGGAAAACAAAGACGCCCCAGUUUACCGAUUUCGAGGGUAAAACCUCCUUGGGAAUGUCUGUCUUCAACCUGAGUAACGCCAUCAUGGGCAGUGGAAUUCUGGGUCUCUCUUACGCCAUGUCCAACACAGGCAUCAUCCUUUUCCUGGUCCUGUUGAUAUGUAUCGCGUGUUUAUCCUCCUAUUCCAUCCAUCUGCUACUACGUAGUGCUGGAUUUGUGGGUAUCCGUGCCUAUGAACACCUAGGCAUGAGAGCAUUUGGACAUCCAGGAAAGAUAUUAGCAGCUGUCAUCAUAACACUCCAUAAUAUUGGAGCUAUGUCCAGCUACCUGUUCAUUGUCAAAUCCGAGUUACCGCUUGUCAUCCAGGCUUUUCGUGGCCAAGCGGAUGGGUCAGAUGAUUGGUUCAUGAAUGGAAAUUACCUCAUUCUCAUAGUCACUGUCUGUAUCAUCCUUCCGUUGGCCCUCAUGAAGCACCUUGGUUAUCUUGGUUACACAAGUGGAUUUUCUCUCUCCUGUAUGGUGUUCUUCCUCUCAGCUGUCAUUUACAAGAGAUUCCAUAUUGGGUGUCCUCUGGAGGUGUUCAGCAACCACUCUGUCACAACAGAACACUCAGGCAACAUGUGCGUCACCAAAUUUUUCACCGUCAACCAAGAGGUAAGCACAGACAGAAUGAAAUAUUGCUUCUUAAAUAACUUACUACAAAUACACAAAUGUUUGCAGACGGCAUACGCCAUCCCAAUUCUCGCAUUCGCCUUCGUAUGUCACCCUGAAGUUCUUCCCAUCUACACCGAAUUAAGAAACCCAACCAAGAGAAGAAUGCAGAAUGUUGGCAAUAUUUCCAUCCUUGGCAUGUUCAUUAUGUACUUCCUCACCGCUACAUUUGGCUAUCUGACCUUUUACGAAAACACAGAAGCAGAGCUUCUUCAUACCUACAGUAAGGUGGACCCUCUGGACACUUUGAUCCUCUGCGUGCGAUUUGCUGUCCUGAUUGCUGUCACUCUCACUGUCCCUGUGGUUCUCUUUCCUAUUCGUCGUGCCCUGCAGCAGCUUCUUUUCCCUGGAAAGCCCUUCCACUGGGUGCGUCAUGUUGUCAUCGCCCUGUGUCUGCUGUCUGUCGUCAAUCUACUGGUCAUCCUCGUGCCCAACAUUCGAGACAUCUUCGGAAUCACGGGGGCAACUACUGCUCCCAGUCUGAUCUUCAUCCUUCCCGGACUGUUCUACAUCCGUAUCAUCCCCACGGAGCAAGAGCCCAUGAACUCCAGACCAAAGAUCCAGGCCGCAUGUUUCACAGCGCUCGGCUUUAUAUUUAUGACCAUGAGUCUCACCUUCAUUGGACUUGACUGGACGAGUGGGGAAAAACGAAGUCUGGGCGGGCAUUAAAGCGCUUCCAAGCUCGACUGAAACAGCACCCUCACUUUUACGAACGGUCGUCCGCUUUCUGCUGGGUGGCUUUGACCAUCCGCUCAAGAGGACGCACCUGUUCCACCCACUCGGGACGUAUGGGCAAGUAGCGUCGGCCCGCUUACGUUGAAAACAGAAGCCGUCGCUUUGCAACUGGCCAAUCUUUACUAAAAAUUGUGAAGGAUAAUGCUCAGAAGAAAAUUGAUGUCUGCAUGCAAAAUAUUUGUAUAAUCGUCGCUUUAUGAAAUAGAGCAGAAUAAAGACAGUUAAGUCAUUGGCUGCCAUUGGCGAGGAUGGACGUCCGAUCCAUUUUAAAUUGGAUUUUGGAUCGGACGUCUAUCGCCGUCAAUGGCAGCGGAUGAGUUAGCAAGACCAAACACUCUGGGGUGAGGGAGGGGGCUUUUGAGGCCAUUUAAUGUGUUGUACAUUGUAAUACUGCAGAGCAGUAGCCUACUUCACAAAUAUUAACCUCAGUCAAAAAGCAUGGCUAUACUGUGAACCAAUUAAUGUGGUUGUGUAAAUUUAUUGUGAACUUCAUAGUUCAAUAAAUGAUAUCAAAAUGAA